GGUAAGUUUAAAAGAAUAAUCAGUUUAUGUGUAAAGUUUUUAUGUUAUAGAUGUUUGAGGUUUUAUGCGAGGUUUAUAAGCGUUUAUAAACAAGUUAUGGGAUAACUUUAUUUAUUAUUUAUUUUAUUAUUUAUUUAAGGUUUACUAAGAUGUAGAUACGAUGAGAAGGGAAACCAUGUCAACAAAGAAGCUGGCCAAGGAGCUGGGGAUUAUCAGGAAGCGCACUCCAUCCUCAAGCUCACCUGCUCACACACUGUCUGCUUCAAAUCAGCUGUUCUCAUAUCUGAUCAUCAUUGACUUUGAGUCAACAUGCUGGAGGGAGAAGAACAACCAUGGACAAGAGAUCAUUGAGUUCCCUGCUGUACUGAUGAACACACACACCGGACAGAUAGAGUCUGAGUUCCACUCAUAUGUCCAGCCACAGGAACAUCCACUUCUGUCCUCCUUCUGUACAGAACUCACAGGGAUUACACAGGAGCAGGUGGAGGCGGGGCUUCCACUGCAGAUCUGCCUGUCCAGGUUUACACGCUGGCUUCACACGCUGCAGCAGGAGAGAGACGUGAUGUUCAUGAGUGAUAACACACAGACACACACCACUGUGGCCAGGAAACCCUGUGCCUUCCUCACCUGGUCAGAUUGGGAUCUUGGUGUGUGUUUGCAGUACGAGUGUAAACGCAAGCAGAUCACUAAACCUGAGGCUCUGAACAGCUGGAUUGACCUUCGAGCAACAUACAGGAUUUUCUACCAUCGCAAACCCAAAGGCCUUAAUGGAGCCCUGCAGGACCUGGGCAUUGAGUUCUCUGGGCGAGAACACUCUGGUCUGGACGAUGCUCGGAACACGGCUCGAUUGGCCUGGCGCAUGAUCAGCGACGGCUGCAUGAUGAAAAUAACAAAAUCUCUGAGCAGGGCACCUCUGAAGUCUGGAGUGCGAGGAGUGUGUGCUGACCGACGUGUGCAUGACGUGCAGAAAGAGAAGCAGUCGACAGACAGAGGGUUACACACUGUGACACCAUCUCACACAAGGCUGGUGUCCCUGCCCACUGUCCUGUCAUCCAUCACCCCACUGCACACACUGAUCGUCACACACACCUCACACCCCGACUCCAGCGUCACACACACCUCACACCUAGACAUGCCAGCAUCUGAUUGGUCGGAAGAGUUUGUGUUGACAGAAUUUGGGGAUUCUGUUUCCUAUGAUGAUGUGAUAUUAGAAGACGACUCUGAGAACAUGCCCCAUGACUCCGCCCCUGUAUGUAAGAGAAAGCCACGCCUAAUUAACUCCAACGCCUCUUGUUCAUUUGAAGAACCAGUCAGAUCUCUGAAAGAACUCAACACAAGGACAAUGCCCACAAUCCCUUUCACCAUCUACAAUGACCAAUCACAUCAGUGCCACUCCUCCUCUUCGUCAUCUUCUUCAGUGUUUCGUGUUCCAUCCUCUGUUCUUUUAUCAACGUGUAACCAACCAGUCUCUGUAAACCAACCAGCUUGCUCCUUUAUCCCUACAAACCAAUCAAAGCUCUCUUCUGUCUCUGUGAACCAACCAUCUCACUCGUUUAUUUCUAUCAACCAGACCCGCCCUUCUUGUUCUCUUAACCAAUCAUCUCUCUCCUCCUCCUCUACACGGUUGUCCCGCCCAUCUCCAAGGAACAGGCCUGAGGUCACAUCUUGUAUUACCAAGAAAUCCACUCUCUCUUCUGUUUCUCUCAACCAAUCAGCUUUCUCCACUUCCUCCUCUAAGCGUUUGCCCCUCCCCCCUCUGAAGGGUGGAGUUAAAAUCACUGCUCCUCUGUGUGAUUGUGGGCGGAGGUCCAGGAGACUGACUGUGUGUAACGGUGGACCAAACCAUGGUCGGGCCUUUUACACCUGUUCAGUUAGGAGGAGGUCGGACUCCGCCCAUCCUGACUCCACCCAUCCAGGCCCAGCAGCAGGUGGCAAUGGGUGUGGCUUCUUUAAGUGGGAGUCGACUCUGAUUAACUCCUCAGUGAGCAGAAACACUUCGGCUCUGAGCUUCAAGCUGAGUACAGCAGCUUCCAGGAACCUUCGAUGACCUCCUGUCUCACUGACUCUGGUGUGCUCUGUGUGUGUUACAGUAUAUUUUCACUACGUGUGUAAUAUAGAAAACAAUUUGUUGAAUAUAAAAUUAUGAACUCGUUAAUGUUUUUGAUAUUUUUUAUAAUUAUCAUUUGAAAUGAGAUGUUAAUGUACAGUCAUAACCUUCUGCCAUUAUCACCAAACUAUAAUUAUUAAAUAAAAAUGUAUGUGAAUACAAAGAGAUGUUAAAGGUGCAGGACCAUAGAGAACUUUGUGUCUGUGGAUAAGAACAGCUACUGUACCAAACGCUGGAGAAAAGAAACCUUUAUUUUGGCACAUAUCCAUUACAGCACAGAGAGGGUUAAGGGCCUCAUUCAGGGGCCCAACAGCUGCAGCUUAGUGCUGGGGCUUGAACCCUGACCUUCUGAUCAACACCCCAUGAGAACGUUAAUCACAACAGCCAUCACUGCUCUGUAAAUGCAAAUGUGAAGCUGGUGAACAUUUCCAUACUGUUGUUUCCCUUUAGUCUGAAUAAAUAGAACUGCUAUUUAUCUUCUGUGUGUGUUUCAUCUAACACUGAACACACAGCAGAACUGAUGAACAUCAUGCUGUUAAAGCAGUUCACAUUUCUUCUCGUCCCUGAUCAGAGUAGCUUCAGCUCUGGGCAGAAAACAUGGAUGCGAUCCAGGAUGUGAUCUGGGCUGAAGAACUGAAACGAUUUUACUUUAAAGGACCAAUGGAACAGUUCUGAAAGGAUAACAGAUGAAUACACACACACACACACACAGGCUGUGUGUAGUGACAGACAGUGGUUGUGUUGUGUAUAUGUUACAGUUAACACACUGGAGCUACAGAGAUGAAGACUGCUGGAGGUUUUGUUUCAAUUUGCACAAAAAAUCAGUCCAUGGAUCAAAAGGUGUAAAAAGGUUCCGUUUGGUUCCUGUGUUUCUGUUAUUGAGAUGUUUCUGCAUGAACAAUAAAAACCCAGCCUUGUGUUACA